AUGCCGAAAUCAUUGGAGAAGACCCGCAAGAAGAUUGCGAAGAAGAAGGGCAAUAUUACAGCGCUGCAUGAGAAUUCGCGGGAUUCGCAACGUUUGCGAAGAGCGCAAAACAGAGACGACAAAUUGCUCCGAGUCGCAUCAGCCAGGAGAAAGAACGACAAACCAUUAGGUAAAGCCGUUGCCUGUUUUUGCUUGAUAUGGAGACUGAUGUAUUCUUCAGUUGUACGAGCUGCUUUCUUUAAAGACCUUGUUCAGGACAACGACUCCAAGCCAUUAGAACUGGAUGCGAUCCACUCCGCCAUUAAAACGUACUAUUCCCCCACCAAAUCGCACAACUGGCUACAAGAUCUGACAUGGCAUAGUUUCGUGCACCAAUAUGACGAAGAGUUUAAUGCACUGAAGAAGGAGCGCCGAGCGGGCAGACCCCCAAGCACCAGAGAAGAUCUGUUGAAGAUAAAAAUUGCAACAGACGAGAAGGAAUACGAGACCGGCUUCUACCUACCUGACCUUACGGAUGCAGACAAUACCGUGUUCUUGGAGAGAUGGGACGGCGACUGGUCGUACUUGUCUACUCUCAAAUGGGUCCGGAUAUCGAGCUCGGGGUUGGUUCAACCAGCAAAGUUUCCUCCCAAAGGUGAAUCAUGA